CAGCUGAUCUGUUUGCUCUGUUGUCUGGGGAGAAAGAAGUGUCAUAGAUCAUGGCUCCUUGGCCUGAAGUGGAAAAGCCUGAAACCAAUAACUAUAUUGGGGACCCUUCCAAACAAAACCAAAACAUGGCUGGGAAAGAAGGAGAAAAUCAUAAAGGCAACAUGGCUUCACUUGGAAAUAAGGGGGAAAUUCAACCUGCAUUUUCCACAAUAGCCUUGAUAGAUGAGACAAGGCCAGAAGAAGAGGACCCAUGGGCUCUGCCAGAACUGCAGGACACAGGAGUCAAGUGGUCAGAACUGGAUACAAAAGGAAAAAUCAUCCGUGUCCUCUACGGAAUAGGGAAGUUUAUUAUGCUACUUGGAUUACUCUACAUGUUUGUGUGUUCACUGGAUGUACUGAGCUCUGCCUUUCAACUGGUAGGAGGCAAAGCAGCAGGGGACAUUUUUCAAGAUGAUUCAGUGCUGUCUAAUCCUGUUGCGGGAUUGGUGAUUGGGGUCCUGGUGACUGUUAUGGUCCAGAGCUCCAGCACUUCUUCAUCCAUUGUGGUCAGCAUGGUGUCCUCCACAUUGCUGUCUGUUCAAUCAGCCAUUCCUAUCAUAAUGGGGGCAAAUAUUGGCACUUCAGUUACAAACACUAUUGUGGCACUCAUGCAAGCUGGGGACAGGAAUGAAUUUAGAAGGGCCUUUGCUGGGGCAACAAUCCAUGAUUUUUUUAACUGGCUUGCUGUGUUUGCACUGCUGCCCAUUGAAGUUAUUACUGGCUAUCUUUACCAUCUCACCAAUGUUAUAGUUGAAUCCUUUCAUCUUGAAAGUGGUGAUGAUGCCCCUGAGCUACUAAAAGUUAUUACAGACCCCUUUACAAAGCUCAUAAUUGAGCUUGAUAAAUCAGUAAUUAAUGCAAUUGCUACAAAUGAUGAAUCAGCAAAAAACAAAAGCCUGGUAAAGAUUUGGUGUGUGACUGAAACCAAUGUGACGCUGCAGAAUGUCACAAUUCCACCUUCAGAAAACUGCACAUCUCCUGAAUUUUGCUGGACUGAAGGAAACGUGACAUGGACCCUCAAGAAUAUAACUGAAACAGAAUAUAUCAGUAAAUGCCAGCAUCUCUUUGCAGAAUCAGAUCUGCCUGAUCUUGCCAUUGGUCUCAUCCUUCUGGCUUUGUCCCUGCUUGUUCUGUGCUCUUGUUUGGUGAUGAUAGUUAAGCUAUUAAACUCUGUGCUUAAAGGACAAGUGGCGAGUGUUAUCAAGAAGACAAUCAACACUGAUUUCCCUUUUCCUUUUACUUGGCUAGCUGGAUACCUGGCUAUGCUUGCAGGGGCUGGUAUGACCUUUGUCGUCCAAAGUAGUUCUGUUUUCACCUCUGCUAUUACACCCCUUGUCGGAAUUGGUGUUAUAAGCAUUGAGCGCUCUUACCCUCUCACCUUAGGAGCUAACAUUGGCACAACCACAACAGCUAUACUUGCAGCUUUAGCAAGUCCAGGGACCACAUUAAAGUAUUCAUUACAGAUUGCCUUGUGCCACUUUUUCUUCAAUGUCUCUGGGAUUAUCCUGUUUUACCCGAUACCUUAUACACGGCUCCCAAUCCGCAUGUGCAAGACCUUGGGAAACGUAACAGCCAAGUAUAGAUGGUUUGCUAUAUUUUACCUUCUCGUCUGCUUCUUCCUUUUGCCUUUGUUUGUAUUUGGUCUGUCACUGGCAGGCUGGCCAGUCCUUUUGGGUGUUUGCCUUCCCCUGUUUGCUCUUUUUAUUGCUGUGAUUGUCAUUAAUGUUAUGCAGAAAAGGCGACCACAUUCACUGCCCGAGAAGCUCCAAAAUUGGGAUUUUCUACCUGUCUGGAUGUACUCCCUGGAGUACUGGGACAAUAUAAUUAUGUCUUCGCUCGCCUUUUGUGGGAAACACUGCUGUGGCUUCUGCAAGUGCUGCAAAGUCAGGGCCGAACAGGAGGGUGCCAAAGACAGCCAGCUAAAAACUACAGAGGUUUAUGAAAACACCAUUGCAAUGGCUGAUGAAGAAAGAGGUGGAAGAAGGGCACCAGUUGCAGCUUGUGUUGAAAAAACAGGCACAAACAACACAGCCUUAUAGUAGUGGAUCAACCCAUAUUAUCAGAGAUACAGCAUAGGACAGUCAGGCUCUUGAAAACCACCUUGGACAAUGCACUGAGGACAGAGUGAAUAUUUUGUUAGGUUCCUGCAGCCAGUGAUAUAUCACUCAUCAAGGAAUGGAGUCAAACAAGCUUGACAGAGUCCCUAGAAUAUCUAUGAUCAGUUGAAAAGCUAAUGAUAGAUUUGCUUACAGAGGAUCUGCUGUGUGGCACCUUCAUCUAAUGCUAUCAGUAGCAAACAAGAAAUCCUGAUGUAGAGAGGGAUGAAAGGAGUGAUGAUCAAUUUGAACUUAAUUUAAAAAAAGCAAUGCGCUUGUAGAACAGCCUUUCUGACCUACUGGCUUAUUCAGCAGAAGUUACUUUAUAAUGCAGAAAAUGCUCUGGAAAUGGAAAAAAAAAAAGGGGGGAAAAAAAAAAAGAGAAUCCUAAUAUAUUCAUUGGCCUAUUUUCAGUGGUCAAAAUGGAAAAUGAUAGUUUUCCCAGUAUGGACAAAAUGUAUUGUAUGUUUGUGAAGGAAAAGGAAAUGCUGGGACAGUCUUUGGAAGAUCUGGGAGUCCUACUUGGCAUACAGGUACCCAUAAGCCCAUUUUGAGCCCUCUCUGUCUCCUUUAACACUGGGGACAGGAGUUAUAAUAUUUUAUGAUCUCAAGUUAUAGGCAAUAAAAGUAAUUGCUGAUCCCACUGCCUGUUGAAGGUUAAUGGGUUUGGAGACACAGAGUGGCUGCCAAAGUGCUUGGUGGACUCAGGAUGUGGCUGUGUGGCCAUUCCUCUCUCCAGAUGGUGCUCCCCAAUUUUGAUCACCAUGUUACCACACAAUCAGAGGAAUGGGGCAGGAGGGAGGACAAGUGGCCAGUGUAGGGGAGGAGACAGCCACCCAAGCCUGGGUUUACUCUAGGAGAUGGGUGUGUAAUUGUGGCUCUGUUUGCCGAGCCACUAAAUGACCUUUCAGAGUAGCAGUGGAGACAGGCUUUAGAGCUGCAAAAGAGGGAACCUGGAGAGCAGCUUAUGGCUAGCAUGGGACAUAUGGUAACAUUUGCUAGAGAGAAAGGAGCAUUCAUGCUGCAUCAUCACUUCUUGCUGUGAACUGCCCUCCUUGGAAAGAAUGUUAAUUUUAGUGGCAAUUGUAUGUAGCAAUCCAAAUCCCAAAUUAAAUCUAUAUGUAGUGUAGGCACUACCAUGUGUAGUCAAUCCAUAGGCAGCGAAGCAGUUGGUGGGAAGCUGCUUGUGCUCAAAUCUUACCAUUACUGUUGUUUCUGUAAAUGCUCAUGAGGCUGCUCUGAAUCAUGGGCUGACAAAAGGCUUAACUUCAAUGCCAGAAAAGGAGCAUUUCAAAGACACACUGAGUACUUCUGCUGGCCUUCAGUAGCUUAGAUGUUGGUGAGUAGGGGAUAAAUACCUGAAGUCCAACCACAAACAUUGAAAAAACCCAAACAGGUGGCUGAAUGUAGGCCAAGUGUCAUUUAAAGCCAGUUAAUAUGGCUGAGUUGUAGAUUAAAUUUGUAAUGGAAAUGUUGGGAAGUCCCUUAGUUUAACAUAGCCACUCAGUGCUGCUAGAACACGUCUACUUCUGAAGAGUUGUUUGUUUUCUGCAGAGCUCUGGAUAUCAGUAGAUUGAAUUUGGCUAUCGGGUAAAUAUGUACAUUUUAGAACUGAAAAUUCUUUUUAUUCACCUUUUUGAACUGAUAUUUAAACUGGUAAACUAUGUUGCUGAAAAUGAGUUUGCAAAUUUCAUUCAUAUUGCAAUUCAAACUAUUUCUGUAAUUGUGAACCAGAGACAGAAUGCUUAGAAUCAGAGUGAAUUUCCAAAAGCAAGUAGUUUUGGUAUAGUUCUGCUCUUUUUGGGUUUAGUAGCAGAGAGCAGAAUUAUGUCAAACUACUAUUUAAAAAUUAUUUUCUGUGUUCUUCAUAUAGUUGAAACAGAUUUUUUUUUUUCAGCAUCUCAUUUUCAAGGUGGAAUUUUGAUAUCUUCAAUAAUAAUUCUUUGGUUUAUUUUCACAGUUCUGGAUGCUUUCAGAAUGUGUUUAUUUAAAGUCCAGUGGGCAUUUCCCAUGCUCUGUUUCUUUGAGAAAAAUAUCCAAGAUUAUUUUUGAGUUAUCUCAAGUUUCCAUUGACCACCCAUUGAAACAGGAAACAUUUUAAUCUCCUUUUACUCUUUUCUUAAACAAUGUGCACCUUAUUUUGCAUCUCUAGGUAAAACCACCAAGCACAUUGAUUAUAACAGUGAGAAAGCAGUUCUUGCAAAAGAAUUGGGGUAAUAAUUAAUAGUGAGGCAUAUCAGUACUUUAUGGUUCCUCAUUGUAACAUUUCCCCUGUGAUAUAUUCUGUUUUUACUCCCCUCACUCCUUGCCCCAGGCCAUAUUGUGCCAUUGUUUUUGGCAGAUUCUGACAAAGAUUUCUGUUUAAUUCUUGACAGCACAACAUGUUCCUGGCUUAUUUCCCUCCCUACUCUUACCAAAAGAUACAUAUGCUUUAUUUAUAAUUAUUUGAGUGUACAGAAUUUUUCGUAAGUUAUACAGACCAAUGCUGUUGAUUGUGUUAUAUAUUGCAUAUUUGCAAACUAUGCAAUGUUUAUCUAUAAAAAUGUAAAAAGGAACUACUGUAUAUUUUGUAAUAUAACUUUUCAAAUUGUUUGUAUACUGUGUAUUGUGGAGGCUGUUGGCUCCAUCAAUAGGUUACAUAAAGAUUGUCAGCAAUGCAGAGACAGAUUUCUUAAAGAUCUAAAACACCUACAUACUUUCAUAAUAUGGCUUAAUGCACAAGGAUAUCAACUCUACUUUUCUAAAAGAUGUGAAUUUUCUGUAAAUGAAGAAUUUUGGAGAUACAAGGUUUCUAAGACACUUUUUUAAACCCUUAAGCACUAUUAUCUUUUAACUGUUUUGAGGACAGUAUAUGGCUUUAUACUUUGUCAUGAAUAUUCAUCUUGU